UUGAAAAUAAAAAGAAACAAUACAGUUGAUUAAUUUUGAGACUAUAUAUUAUAUCUUCAACUCUUGCAUUCUACUCCUAACUCUUCCAUCUUCCAUCUUCCAUCUUCCAAACAAAUCCAAGUCCUCAUGGGUUCAAUUGUUAAUGACAACAACAACAACAACAUUGAACACAAACCUCUUCAUGUUGUAAUGCUCCCAUGGCUAGCUAUGGGACACAUAUACCCUUACUUUGAGGUUGCCAAGAUUCUUGCUCAAAAGGGUCACACAGUUACCUUAAUCAACAGUCCCAAAAACAUUGAUCACAUUCCUAAAACACCCAAAACCCUUCAACCAUUCAUCAAAUUAGUCAAAUUACCUUUACCACAAAUAGAGAAUCUCCCACAAGGUGUAGAAAGCACCAUGGAUAUCACUUCACACAACAUGAACCGUUACCUUAAACUAGCUUAUGAAGGUCUUCAACAUGAUGUCACUGAGAUUCUCAAAACUUCAAAACCGGAUUGGGUUUUCUAUGAUUUUGCAUCUGGUUGGUUAGCACCAAUAGCUAAAAGCCUCAACAUUUCUUGUGCACAUUACAACAUAACACCAGCUUGGAACAAAUGUUUCUUUGAUCCACCUAAGGAUCAAGUUAAGUCAAGUUUCAAACUUGAAGACAUGUGUGGUCCACCAAAGUUUGUUCCUUUUGAAACAACUAUUCAUCUUAAGCCUUAUGAGAUUAUUAGAGCAUUCACAGCUCUUAAAGAUGAAUCAGGAGGAAUGGCUGGUUUUGAUCUUAACAAAGCUUAUUCAAGUUGUGAUCUUUUUCUUUUGAGAACUUCUAGAGAACUUGAAGGUGAAUGGUUAGAUUAUAUCUCGGAUCGUUAUGAAGUUCCUGUUGUUCCAGUUGGGUUGCUUCCACCAUCUAUGCAGAUAAGAGAUGAUGAAGAGGAAGAAAAUGAUCCUGAUUGGGUGAAAAUCAAGGAUUGGUUGGAUACAAGAGAAUCAUCAUCUGUUGUUUACAUUGGAUUUGGGAGUGAGUUGAAGUUGAGUCAGCAAGAUUUAACUGAGUUAGCUUAUGGAAUUGAGCUUUCUGGGUUACCUUUCUUUUGGGCUUUGAAGAAUCUGAAAGAGGGUACACUUGAGUUACCUGAGGGUUUUGAGGACAGAACUAAGGAACGUGGAAUUGUUUGGAAAACAUGGGCACCUCAGCUUAAGAUCUUAGCUCAUGGAGCAAUUGGAGGGUGUAUGAGUCAUUGUGGUUCAGGUUCUGUCAUUGAGAAGCUUCAUUUUGGACAUGUUCUUGUGACACUGCCUUAUUUGCUUGACCAAUGUUUGUUUUCAAGGGUAUUAGUUGAAAAGGAAGUGGCUAUUGAGGUGCCAAGGAGUGAACAAGAUGGGUCCUUUACUAGGGACUCUGUAGCACAUACAUUGAGGCUGGCAAUAGUGGAUGAAGAGGGAAGUGCUUAUAGAGACAAUGCUAAAGAGAUGGGAAAGGUUUUCAGGUCAAAAGAUCUUCAUAAUCAUUAUGUUGAUGAUUUGAUUGCUGCUCUUCAUAAGUAUAGAGUUCCUUCCAAUUCCAUCAACUAAGCAGACUAAUUUCAUUUCAUAUGUUUCCCUUUUUAAUGUGAUUUUUGUUUGUUUUACAAUAAAAGGUUAUUUGGGUUGCUUCCUACUUUUCUAUUUUGUAACAAAAAGGUUAAUUGGUCAUAUCUAUAUUCUAUGUGAUAUGUGAUUUGGCACCUUUUGCAAAAA